CCGUGAUCGCUCGCACAGGGAGAUGUUGAUCAAGGUCAAGACGCUGACGGGCAAGGAGAUCGAGCUUGACAUCGAGCCCAGCGACACGAUUAUGAGGAUCAAGGAGAAGGUAGAAGAGAAGGAGGGCAUCCCACCAGCUCAGCAGCGCCUGAUCUUCUCGGGCAAGCAGAUGGGAGAGGAGAAGUCUGCGCAAGAGCUCAACAUCGUCAGCGGAUCUACGCUACAUCUCGUGCUCGCGCUUCGUGGCGGCCGAUAG